AUGCAAAAAAAUGUAAUGACCUUGGAGCGUAUCGCGUGUUCAUCGAACAAUAACACUUUAACUAGUAUUAAAAGCAGCCAGAACCCAUACAUACUUACAAAUGAAAAAAACACAGCCAUUGUCCAGGAUAUUUUUAACUCUUUUGGAAAAUGCUCUGUUGCAGAAUGCCCUUUGAACUCUUCCAUGCCGCAUGCAAUCUCACUUUACUCAAAUAUUCUCUUCUGCAUUGCACAGGGUCAUGCUAACAGGCCCUCACUAAGCUACUCGGGCUCUUUCUCGUCUAUUUGUAAUUUUGAAAAGAGCAUUCUCUUUGCAAUUCAAAUAGACCGAAACUUCAAGCCCACAUGCACAGGACGGAUUGAUGUGCGCUGCGAGCAAGAGAUUGAGUCAAUCACAUACAUGAUAUAUAUAGACCGGUCUUUCCAGACAAAAAUAAGUACUGCAGACUACUACCACAUACUGGACAUGCUUCUGUGCCGGAAAGAGUAUGAAAGGUUUUUUAUCAUCUAUGCACAGCUUGAAGAAAGAAGCCUAGGCAUAUAUAAGCUGGCACUUCUUGCCUCCCUUUACAUAAAGAACGAGAAAACCACAAAAAUCCUAGCACACCUCAUACGCGAUCUGGGUCUUUCUGGAAAGAUAGAUGCAGACAUAUCCUCACCAGAGAUUGUUGACAAGCGGUUUCGCAACUUAGUAGAAGAAGCUGCAGAAGAUAGCGCAAUCCCCGACCUUCCAGCAGAAGACAAAGAGAUUCUCUUCUAUACGAUAAAAAAUUGGCACUCAAACAAGCACAAGGAAUUCUACUGGACAAUCUCCCUGCAGAAAUGGAGCUCAAGCAAAGGAGCAGAAGGCGCAUCGGAAGCAAUGAUUGACAAGUGCAUUCUGCUUAAAAAGUACGAGGAGGGCUGGUUUGUCUACAAGGAGUCCACUUUGUAUCCCAUUCUGCCGCUGCGCAUGUUCAGAAUAUCCAGAAAGGCUCUUUCUCUAGUCAUCCAUGCAAUUAACAACUGCAAUACAAAUAUGUGGGUUGAGAGGUAUCUGGAAAUAGCGACAAUCAUCACCCGAAUGAGCAUAGACAAUGCCCAGAAAGUAAGAAACACAUUCUCGUCCCUUCUCCGCCUGAAGAACUACUCCCACAUAUCGUGCAUUGCCAGGCUAAUAAUCAAGCAGUACCCUGAUAAUAUGCUCAAUGACAACCAAACCCUCUGCAGUAUAUUUGAGGACAUAUUUGAAAUAUUCAGGAUAAACAAGCAAGGAAUAAUCAACUCUGGUGAAGACCCGUGCCUGCCAGAGCUAGCUCUAAAUGCAUACUCCCUAUACAGCAUAUGGCGAAAAAAGAAUUCUCGUGGUGUUCUCCUCUCUCUCUUCUGGGGCCGGUCAAAAGAGGCAAUCGCAGUGUACAAUGCCAUCCUGCAAAUUGCAAUUAUUAUUGAGAACAAGCCCCAGAUUGUCACUCUCUGCAAGAAUAUAUGGGAGGACAGCCUGGCUAUCUCGGAAGAUCUCUCCAAUACACUGAUGCACGUGCACAAUAUAUAUUCAACCUGCAACUGCCUUGAAGAAGAGACCAAUGUCCACAGCCGCGGUUACUUAAUGCACGUAUUGGAUCUUCUUUCCUCGGCCCAAUGA